AAUUUUAAAUGUCAGGGCGAAUCGAAUUUUCUUCGCCCUGUUCACAAAUUUUGACAUAUCAAGUUCCCAAAAAAAAAAUGAUUUGUUGUAUCAAUUCGCCGAUGCGGCCACCUUAUUAAGUACGCCUUGCUUACUGCCUCGAACUUGAAAAUUUGGAAUCGGGUAUUAAAUUGAGGAAGCAGAAGAAAAUUUCCUCGAUUUAUUUCUAUCGUGGAUUCGUAUAUGCCAAGACAACCCCCAAUACUGAGCCAAUCUACAUCGCAAAUGAGGCGGACUUUGAUCAGCUUUUCGCCAUGAUACUGUUUCUGUUUAAUGGUUCUGAAAGUUAUUCCUCGUGGUGCAGGCGGCGAUGCUUAUAAUUUAUCUGAUUGCAUUUUGCAACAGGCUUUGAUAGGAUCAACAGCCAACCCUAUGGUUUUAAACUAUCUAAAGCAUUCAUUGUGUGCCCAUUUGGUUUCAUAUGCGGCUGUGCUAAGACGCAUUUCAAAAUAUGAUCACUUUGAUCGCAUCUACUGUUUAACAUCUCUUUUAGAUUUUGUGGAUUCGAUUUUGGAUGGGGUUACCUGCAGAACUAAAGUGGAAGAGUCAAUCUUGCCGGGUGCUAUCGUCUCAUUGGUUGAUUGGUUAAUGCAAAUUUUUGCCACUAUUACCACAAGCUAUGAAAUGAAUCGUGAAUUAAGUGCCGAACAAUCAUAUCUGCAUGAUCAAUGCUGUACGGUUAUCGAAAAGUUAGUUAGGAAUCAAUUCAUUCUAGCUAUUUUGUAUGUGGGUCGCCAAGAGGAUCCUGACAACUAUAGCAAAAUUCGUGAAAAUUAUGCUACCAUUAAGACAUCAUUGACCAACUCGAAUUUCACCCCAUCACAUCCGAAUGUUGAGAAAUAUUUGCAAAAAUUGGCUUACAUAGAUGUCCAUCAUUUGGAUAUGAAAACACUGGAUGUGCAUCCAUUGCCAGAGCCCAUAUCUUAUUGCGUACAACCUUUGUUGGCAGUGGAGGUAUUAUUAAAUCCCUGCAAUGACACAUCGUAUUAUGUGGCCGAAAUGCAAAUGUUGCAGAGAUUAAAGAAAUUCUCAAAUACACGUCUGUUCUACGAAAUUAUUCGCGCCGGUUUUGUGUCCCUCAGCAAUGUGGCAGAGACCAGUCAUGACACCAUGUUGGGUGCAUUUACAUUUUUCAAAGUGCCACAAAUAAUAAAGCAAUUGCAUGCUUUGAAUAGAGCUCCCACAGAACCCACACCCACCGAUUUUAUACCAGAAGUAGUGGAAGCCUUUGAAAUGUUAUUGGAAGAUAAUCUUCUAUUGGAUUUAAUGGAUUCAAAGUGUUCCUGUAACAUUAUCGACUACCUACUCAAUGAUUGGGCCAAGCAACAUUUGGUAAAUGAGGUUCAUGUUAAACAUUUUGCCGCCCAAAGAGAUCAGGAGGCUUCGCUGUUGUUACAAAAACGCGAAUGGGGCAAUCAAACUCAGUCCAUUAUAAAUUUUAUUAUACGUGCUGAGGUACCUUUAUCAGGGGUUUUGAAAACCUUAAGUACCGAUUAUAACAAGGUGCAAGAGGCGCUUUUGGAGGUAUUGUGUACUGUGCUAGUAGGCAAUAGUUUUGAUUUGCUGCUAUCGGUGGCCACCGUUGAAGGUCGUCUCAAGACAUUUGUCUCUCGUCUUAUACAAUGCAAUGAAAAUUCCAAACAAAUACCCGGGGAAGUUGGUAAAUCCUCAAUCAUACGUUCAACUUUAUUUGAUGUCUCAUUUUUGAUGUUGACCUCUAUUGUACAAACCUAUGGCUCAAGUGUGGUUCUAACUGAUAAUGGUGAUAGUUUCUUUGAGAAAUGGGUACGUGAGUGUAUGGUAGAACGUAAUAAACCAAAGAAUCCUCGUAAAAUGAUUGCCAUAUGCGAUGAAAAUAUUGUGGAUGAGAUAUUGAUGACCUUUAGCAAACCCGAUGCUCAGUUGAAAACUUCAAAUAUUACUUGGCAAGAUAUCUGUAUUAACUUACCUGGAGUUCUCUAUCAUGUGUUGAUUUCUUGGGAAAAGGAAACCCUAUCGGCAGCUGAUGUUAAAAACAUAUUGGAUAACAUUAAAAGGCGAAUGUUUUCAUUUUCGGUUUGUGCAACCUCGUUUUUGAGUGCUUACAUGCAUUCGGUUAAAGAUAAAGAAGUUUUGAAACCUUUGAAUAUGAUUCAACAAUUUCUAACGCCAGCAGGCAACGAUGAAAUGUCUUCACAGGAAAAUGUCAAAGAACGUCUUGCUCUUUCCUUCCAAAUUAUACGCAAAAUGCAAUAUUAUGCCCAUCCUACGGGUAGCUUAAAAUCGCGCAGCUUAACACUGACACAAAAUCUAGUUUCACGUAAUCCCUUAAUUGACCAAUUCAAAGAUGUUUGGAGUACAGUAGCAGAUCAUGGUUGGGUACCACCAAGGGCAGCUCAAGUUAUAGAAUCGCUUCUACAUGCCGCCGGACCGGCCUGGCUUGCUUCUCAAUUGGUAGAAGAAAUGCUGAAGUGUAAAUAUAAAAAGGAUAUGAUGAAAACUUUGGAUAUUAUAUUUGCUAUAUCCCAUUUGGAUAUUGAGCGCGUUACCGAAGCCUUGCUGACCCAAGUUGUUCCUCAAAUAAUAAAUAAUCGACAGGGAGAUGAUAUUAACGAACCACAAUCAUACGUUUUGGCUCGGCUUUGCGUUUAUUGCAUUAUUUCUGCGUUGGAGACAAGGACACAAGCUAACUUCUCGCAAAAGAAACGUUCCCGUUCACAUGAUGGCGAGGAUUUAGAACUGAAUGCGGCUAAAAUGCGCAAAAUAACUGGAGAUGGUUCUGAUAACUCUUGCUCCAAUGACUUUCUUUCCGAGAAUAGUUUACUGCUGGGCUCCAACAUGUCUUCGUUGCAUUCAAGUAUGCGCGAAACUCCUACACAAUUGCGCGAACCUCUUCAGUCAUCCAUACAGUAUAUAUUUAGGGUGUUUCAACAAUUUGUCACCACAGAGGAGCUAUCACCGAAAAUAUACUUUGUCUAUCAGUUUAUAUCACUGCUGGUGGAAUGCGGCAAGGAGCGCAUAAGGCCUGUUCUCAAGCUUUUGCCUGCAACCCUCAUGCAUAAUUUACUGAAAGUAAUGUUAACCGAAGACAUCAAUGUUGGUUUAAUUAGCAGACUUUAUGAUUUACGUUUCAAUACCGGACGUCAAUCGGCAGUAUCAGAUUUAUGUUUAUGGCGCAAUAUAAAAUUGAAACAACAAAGCAUUCAACUUUAAAAAAAAAGAUGACAUGUAAACUAUUAGUAAUUUCUUAAAGUAGGGUGUUUUUUUUUUUUUUUGUAAAUUAAAUCACUAGUUAAGGUCUGAUCGCUUUUUAUUAUUUUUUAAGUUUUUGGUAACUCAUGUCAUUCAUUGGGAAAUUUAUUUGGAAUCCGAGCUCAAACAGCUUUUAAAAUAAUCACAAAUUGAGAAAAAAAAAAUUUAGUUCCCUACCAAUCAAAGGGCAAAUAGCAUCUGCUCGAAUAAUUUUUACAUUUUUGUCCUAAGUUCGAAUAAUAAAUACAUUUUUCAUAUUGUC